AUGUCUCUAAAAUCUUUAACGAAUACAAAUGAGGAAUUGAAUUCUGCCAUCAAAGUAACAAGCAACUACAUUACUAAAGUGGCCAUUGUCGGAGCAGGUGGAAACUCCGGAAAAUUCAUGACCGAGGCUCUCCUUAGGACCGACAAGCAUACUGUCACAGCCAUUACACGCCCCGACAGUAAGAGCAAAUUACCUGAAGGGGUAAUCCCCAAAGUUGUGGAUUACGAAAAACCGGAAACGAUCGUGGAGGCUCUCAAAGGCCAAGACGCACUUGUCAUCACUCUAGGGGCAUUCGCCUUGAGCAAUGAGGUCAAGCUCAUUGUAGCCGCUGACGAGGCUGGCGUUCAAUGGAUUUUGCCGAAUGAAUGGUCCACAUACCCAGGUGCUCAUGAGCUCAUUAAAGAUAUGCUCUUUUACCAAAUGAAAAUUUCAACUGGUUUCUGGUAUGAAUGGAGUCUGCCCAUGCCCUCUGCAUUCGGAUUCGACAUCAUCAAUCGCUCUGUUACCUUUUUCGACGACGGUGAAGCGAAGAUAUCUGUAUCGACAUGGCCACAGGUUGGCCGUGCUGUAGCUGCUCUCCUCGGCCUACCCAUCAACGCCGAAGGUGGUAGAGGUGAUGGUUCCCUCGAAAGCCUGAACAACAAAGACGUGUAUAUCAACUCCUUUACAAUUAAUCAGACAGAAAUGCUCGAAUCCCUCCUCCGCGUGACUGGCACCAAAUCAGAAGACUGGAACAUUACCAAGGUGCCAGCUGACGAGCGUCUUGCCGAGGGCCUGAAGGAAAUCCAAGAAGGUAAACAUUCCGGCUUUGCAAAGAAACUGUAUACACGUGCAUUUUAUCCAGAUGGAUUCGGUGAUUUUGAGCAUAACGAGGGCACACUCAAUAGCUUGCUGGGUUUGCCAAAGGAGGAUCUUGAUGAAGCAACCAAGGUCGCUGUGGAGCGUGCAGGACUUCCUCAAUGGGCUGGUGAAUAA